AUGACAGCUUAUUGUCUUUAUCAUAAGUCCGAUAUUUGCAUUCAAAGGUGGUUGAUUUCCGGCAAUUUCUCUCCCAGUCGUCUGCUUUUGUUUGAAUUUUGUGCUGCUUCAAGACUGUCUUUCCAUUCGCAUGCGGCCGAGCUCCGGGUCAGGCUUUAUGGUGGCUGCCUGUUGACUGAGGCUAAGAAUCAAAAAAGAAAAAGAAGAAAGAAAAUGAUUCUCACUAAACAAUACCGCUGUCUUCACUCCCCGAGCUGCAUGUGCACGAAAGGCCACCUAACAGAGGAGGUCAUAUUCCUAGUAUUCAACCACUUGAACUGGAACCCCAAGGUGAUCGCGGCCCUCUCGUGCACUUGCAAGUGGUUUGAUGACCUUGCGAAGCGUGCCCUCUGGAAGGAGUUUUGCAAGACGCGAGCACCCAAGAUGACCAUCGACCUCCAGUCUAGUGGGUCCCACAGUGUGGACGGCAACUGGCGGGCCCUCGGCAAGCUCCUCAUCUUCUGCUCUGGCUGCAAGAAGGACGGCCUCUUCAGCACCUCCCAGAUCCCAGGCCACUUUGUGUACCGCACCCGUUUUUCCCGAACUUCUGGAAAGAGCUUUCUGCUUCCUCAGUGCAGGUCGGAUAUUUUGUAUGUGUCGGAUCCAUGCGAGCACCUGGACCAGGGAGACGAGGGGGACGUGGGGUUUUUCCGGGGGAUAUUUAAGUCGUUUGCAAAUUCGAAGGUGAGGAAGAUGCUGAUAAAGAGGUGUGCGCCCCUGCACCCUACGGAGGUUUGCCCAUAUUGCAAGGCGAAGCUGUGGAAUAUGCUAGAAGCGAAAAUGAUUCCCUCGAGUGCCAGCUGCCGGCUAGGGGCGUACGAGGACUGCAUUGAGUAUUACGUGUGCCUGAAUGGGCACAUGCUUGGGAUUUGUACGCUUUUGCCCCUGUCAGAUACUGAUGAGGGAUCGGAGGAGUGA